GGACAAAAACUUUGAAGACGUAGGUGGUUUUUCGUUAUUCGCCGAACUCGUUUUCCUCUUUCUUCGUUUUCCUCGCAGUCUGAUUCGCAUUGAAGCACAGAAAUUCACUGUCUGAAACACUUUUAAGUCAACUGUGUUGUGAUGUAAAAAUGUACUGGAAUCUGACGGACAACCGAGAGAAGCUCCGAAAACAGUGUUUUUAAUAUCUGUUUUCUUUGUACAUUUAUUUACUUCGCUUUAUGAAUUUGAUUAUUCAAUGAAUCGUUGUCAAUGUACUUUUAAAAUAGUGUGAUUAAUUGUAACCUAUGUAGAGUUAUAAUUAAGUACACCUUUGAAGGUUAUGUGUUUGUUUUCUCAUAGUUAACUUGUCAGGAUAGUCACCAAAGAGACAUGGCGCAAAGGUUUCCUGUACCAAAUACAGGGAAUAAUGGCCCACCGCCUCAAAGAUACGCAGCAUCAUCUGUACCUCCAAAUUUACGCCAAUAUUCUAAUCCAAAUUUUCCUAUGCAGCAAAGGUCUGGGUUUACUCCGCCUCCCCAAAUGGCAAACACAGGCCCUGGUCCAGCUAGUAUAAUCAGAGGGAAUCAACCAUAUUCGAAUUUGCGUCAAGGACCAAUGCCUACCCCACCAGUUGGAAAGAGAAGCGCGGAUCAACGUAUACCUAUAUCUCAACAAAAGCCGUAUUUUUGGAACAGUGAUUUUUCACAUUCCACAUCCAAGAAGAAGAAAAAAUUGGCGGAUAAGAUACUGCCACAGAAAGUACGUGAUUUAGUACCAGAAUCUCAAGCAUACAUGGAUUUACUUGCAUUUGAAAGAAAAUUAGACGCCACGAUAAUGCGGAAACGAUUAGACAUACAAGAAGCACUGAAACGUCCCAUGAAACAGAAAAGAAAAUUACGAAUAUUUAUUUCCAAUACCUUCUAUCCAGCGAAAGAAGCUGGAGAAGGAGAAGAGGGUUCUGUUGCAUCUUGGGAACUUAGGGUCGAAGGUCGUCUAUUAGAUGAUACAAAAAAUGAUCCUAAUAAGGUAAAAAGCAAUGUAAAAAGGAAAUUUUCUUCAUUCUUUAAAAGUCUAGUUAUAGAAUUGGAUAAAGAUUUAUAUGGACCUGAUAAUCAUUUGGUUGAGUGGCAUCGUACAUUGACGACGCAAGAAACCGAUGGUUUCCAAGUGAAAAGACCUGGGGACAAGAAUGUUCGAUGCACUAUUCUUUUGCUCCUUGAUUACCAGCCGUUACAAUUUAAAUUAGACCCCAGAUUAGCACGACUUUUAGGAGUACACACGCAAACGCGACCUGUUAUCAUCUCCGCACUGUGGCAGUAUAUUAAAACACACAAACUUCAGGACAGUCAUGAAAGGGAAUUCAUAAACUGUGAUAAGUAUUUGGAACAAAUAUUUGCUUGUUCAAGAAUGAAAUUUGCGGAGAUACCACAACGACUGAAUCCGCUACUUCAUCCGCCUGACCCUAUUGUAAUAAACCAUGUUAUUAGCGUGGAAGGUACAGAAACAAAACAGACUGCAUGUUAUGAUAUAGACGUAGAAGUCGACGACACAUUGAAAACUCAAAUGAACAACUUCCUACUUUCAACGGCGAGUCAACAGGAAAUACAAAGUCUGGAUAACAAAAUUCACGAAACAGUCGAAACGAUCAAUCAGUUGAAAACAAACCGAGAAUUUUUCCUAAGUUUUGCCAAAGAUCCUCAACAAUUUAUUAACAAAUGGAUUAUAUCCCAAACGAGAGACUUGAAAACGAUGAUAGACGUUGUUGGUAAUCCAGAAGAGGAACGUAGGGCAGAGUUUUAUUAUCAACCCUGGGCACAAGAAGCUGUUUGCAGAUACUUCUACACGAAGGUUCAACAGAAACGUGCAGAGUUAGAACAGGCACUUGGCAUCCGGAAUUCAUAAGAGAACCGUAACGAUUUGAAGCAUUGCUAAUGUAAAGUAUUUAUACGAUUCUUUUCUUUGCUUCAAUUGCAAAAUCGAUCGAUUAACGUGUUUUACGCUUGACUUGGUAUUCUGUGACGUUUAGUGCAGACGAUGGUAGGGUGACAUAUUUUUACGAAUGUCGAGAAGCGAAAGAACAAGAUGUAUAGUGUCAUGACCGAUGAUUUGAAGCAAAUUUAUUUACGUCAAGUUAUAUCAUAUAUCUUUGUUCAUGCCGCCUUUUUUAUGAAAAUAUGUAUCACGAUUCGCUACAUGCACUAUAACUGUAUAAUAUAAUGAAUAAACCUUUGAUAUAAUUCGUUGAAAUAAUGUGAAACCUGGUCCCAUAUUGAUGAAUAAAUAUUUUCAGUAAGA